ACUACCUCGAUCCGUUUGAGCCGACGAUGCCUGCGUGCCUGCCGGAGAGAUGUGUUGCGAUGCGAGCUUCUAUUUAGACAUGAACCUGUUCGAUCCUUCUGCACAUUCCCGAAGCAGCAGCAGCUCCUCUUCAUUGGCAACCAAUCACUACUACUCCUACUCCACUUGCUCCUUCCUGUCAUCUUCCAUCUGCCUUCCUGCUGCCUGCCUGCCUGCCUGCCUUCCCUCCUUCCUUCCUUCCUUCCUUCCGUCUUCCUCCCACGAUUCCAUCAUUCUGUCCUUCUAUCCAUCUCGCUCUCUUACUCAUUUUCAGAUCAGGCUGCCGCAGCAUUGAUUAUGGCCAGGCUUCCAGUGCAGCAGCUCUCUACGCAGCUCACCAUAAUGAUGUUAUUAUCUUACAGUUCCAUCUUUCUUCCCUUGUCCGAUGCUGCAAGAGCUGACACCUUUACUAAAGGUGUGAACCCAGCGCUCACGGGGAAUGUCGCGCCUACGCCAAGACUUCGCGGCAUGGUUGCUGGAGCUAGACCGGAAUCAUUCGAUGAUAACAUUCCAGUCGUUCAUCGACGCGAUCUGUCAUCGAGCUCUGCAGUCUCGUCGGACUCUCAAUCAGCUGUGACGCGAACAGUCCUGAAACUGAAUGGCGAUCGCGAGGCAGAGGAAACCAGAAGAGGACUAGAGCGCGACAUUGUGAGAAUCUCACAUGCUGCGAGUAAUGCUGGCCUCGACGGGUCGCUGGGAGAAAGCCCUCUGGGGGCCCAGUCAGCCGCCGAAUUCAGCUCAGCAGCUGCAGCCGCCGACGAAUCCCUUCCACGGCAGCUUCGAAAUUCGGCCCUUCUUAGAUUUGCCGACGUGCCUGCUCUGGGAUUGUGGCAAAUUACAGAUGACGACGAAGACAAUUUACGCACUGAGGCAGUGGUUUGGGCUGCUGUCUCAGGCGUGGGUUCCGAUCCAGCUGCUGCAAACUCUCGGGCCGAAAUGGCUUUCUCCCUGCUGCAACAAGACAAUUACAUCAAGAGAAAAGCUUUGCAGGCUGACAUUUCACCCCCGGGAAUGUGGCAGGACAGUGGCGAUCAAAUAGAGGUCAAAGCUGGCAAGAGAUCGAUGCUCGCCGACAUUUCGCCACCGGGGGUUUGGACCGAUGCGGAGCUGAUUGACAGCCGAUUCCAAAAGAGAAGUCUUCUCGCAGACAUUUCUCCUCCUGGUUUGUGGGCGGACGAUGGCGAUGAUACGCAAGACAAGUAUCACAAACGUCGUCUCUUAGCCGACAUUUCGCCUCCGGGCAUGUGGCAAGGAUCCGACGAUCAAAUAUCAUCAGUUGACGCCCGAUGUAAAUAAAUAGUCGCUGUCAUUGGCAUUUGGCCUCAGGCCUCAGCGAGCUGUGUCUGGCAGGGCAGGGCAGGGCAGCCUUUCCUACCGUGUACAUAGGCGACCACAGCUGCAGGAGUAACUCAACUUGUGCACCUGAGCGAAGGCCUGGCGAUUCUCUUACAAUUCCGACACUGGUGCAGUUUUGUGGUUGUCCAGUUUGGAAAGGAGAUGCGAGUGAGUUCUUUGUCAGCCAGCGAGCGAGUGAAACUGAAACUGAAGGAAGGAAGGGCCGUGAACUGUCGCUCACUUGUCCCAGAGAUGCAGCCGUCUACCUGGUAAGGGUCGAUGCCCGCAAGUUGUUCCACCGAACGACGUGGUAAUGCAGGCUGCAGCGCGUCGUCCAGAAUUUUGUUUCCGACAACUUGCCUGGUUACCUUACCAUGGUAACGUCGUCGCCUCCGCGUUGCAGCUCUUUUGUCAUCCACGUAACUCCAGUUCACGAGUCGCAACCGCAUCGGGCCGGAUCGUAAACUGCAGCUUGACAUCAGAAGUGAAACGUUGGCUCUCGCGAGCCACUGCGAGCGUGCUGCGUAUGGUUUCCGCACAUCGAGGCGUCGACUCGUCAGUCGUGUAUAUAUAUAGAGCUGCAGAUGAUGACGUCGGCAGCAGCAGCAGCAGCAGCAGAGAGCCAGCUUGUUCUUUUUACUCACUCUAAAGUCCAUCUAUCCUCACGAGAUGUAUUAGGCCUGCUAUGUAAAUUACGAGGUGCGAUGGAAGACGAGAUAGGAUCGAUCGGUAGUUUGACUUCACACGAAGCUCUUGGUUGCCAAUCUUCGCUGCAAGUCGACCCAUCCAGUGUACAAUACUCUACUCAGAACGCCCAGUAGGAAGCGAAGCAGAGCAAAGAAAGCCCAUGCGAUGCGAUGCAGAAUGCACCGCAGGCAGUUAGUUAGCUACUUACAUCUCAUAUAUGUAUCUAUCUAUACCAGCAGUUAGCCACGAGGCCAUCAGUGAGUCCACAGCCCGCUGUUAUGGUGCUACUAGAAUAAAUUCGAGUCCCGCCUGAACCCUAAGUGCUCAUGCUUAUGGAAGAUGUACUGGAAAAGGCGAGACGAAGCGGAGGUCCAAGCAAUAUUGGCUCUGCGAGCUCCGUAAUGAAAAGUUUUGAAGGCCCCUGUUGCGGCUCUUAAGUACCACAG